AAACAAACACUUCACUUCAGUUUUUCAUUAGGCCGCGGAAUGGUGUGGUGUGUUGCGAAUGUCUGGUGGACUAUAUACGUAAACCUUCAUAUUGAGGCGAUGAUGGCUCGCUGUUGACACACACCUGCUUUGCCAGGUUUGUCAUGAAGGUCCAGUGACGCGAAGUAGCUGGCGGCAGCCGACCCUCUUGAGUGGCCAUCUUGAUGACGUCAUCGAAGCCCCAGCAUGCAUCAGCCCUGCCUAGUUCAAACAUUUCAUUUAGUUCAGCUCACUUAUUUUCACCUCAUAAGGUUGAGGAAUGGAGCACUCAGGGGAUCACACAAAGAUUCACUUCAACCCGGACUUCAUAUCAAGAGGCAGAAUACUGCCGCCAAACCAGAAAGUUCACAUCAAUCCAGCUUUCCUUCAGAAAUCUGAGCCACAGAAGUAUGUCACCCCUGCCGUCUCCUACACCCAUGGCACGGGCCUUGGGCAGCACUGGCAGGCACCGUCCUCAGGGACUGGCGGACCAGUCUCUCAGAUGAGUGCCAGUCUGCUCCAUACACAGGAUGGAAACACAGCUACAAAUGUAUAUACAUACAGUUCAAAGAAUCAUGACCAUACGGUACUAAGCAAUCAUCCAAAGAGCUAUAGUAAUUUGUAUAGGAAGAGUAAUCUUUGUAAUCCAUAUGAUAAAAAUUUUUCUAGACAUAAGACCCAGAACAUUGCUACUCAGAACAUAGGUAUUACGAAGCAUCCUUCCACUUACUCAUGGAAAGCUACAAAUACUUUCAAUGGAGCAUCAUUUCAAAGAAAUUCAUCCAUGUCAGUGAAUGGCCCAAGUAGUUAUGUGUACCCAAAUCCACCAUCUAAAUACUCAUCAGUCAAUAAGUCUUUGAUUCGCACCACAGUUGUAAGCAGAGGUGGUACCAGUCAAGCAGAGAUUCAACUCAAGAAAAACAACCCGCCUGCUUCACAUUUUAGUCUUCACUACAUUUCCCGUGAUAAGAGAGACACUCAGUCAGUGAGAUGUUUGGUCAAGGUGAAUACAGUUUCAAAUCUUGAUGUUCACAAAGUUAAGAGUGAAGAAGCACCUUCUACUAUAGUACCAAAAGGAAAUUCUGGAAUUGUCACACAGAGUGCAAGUCAGAAUUUGCCUAUUGUGAAACUUCAGAGUGAUGCAAAGCAUAUUGAAAAACUACCACACGCUACAGGAGGUGCAUUGAAAACAAGUGAUUCACUUAAAACACCAAAAAGAAAAGUCAUUCUUGCCAGCAGUCCACCAGAAACUCAAGCCACAGCUUCAUGCACCACACUCAAACCUGUCCCACUGAUUCCAAAUCAGAAAUGGGUCAGCAAAACUAAGGUUGUGAAUUCUUCCAAAAAGCCAGAGGCAAAAGAUGUGAAAAGCAGUAGUGCAAGGAUUGUGCUGAAAACUCCAAAGCAGAAAGGCAACUACAAGAUCAUAACCAAAACAAAACUAGUACGGACUAACUCUAACAGUGCAAGCAAGAACAAGGUACAGCUACAGGCAGUGACUCGAGGCCAGGGACAGUUGGCACAGAACCCAAAGACAACCCAUGCUUCUCCAAGAAUGGUAGCCAUUUUAAGACAUCAGAAGAUCUCUCCAUUGACUAGAAUACAUCAAACUGCAAGAUUCAGUAAUAAGAAGAAGUACUCAGUUCUGUCUCACACAAAACUCGUAAGAAGGCAGAGCUUGACAGGUAAAGCUGGAACACCAGGGAAGCCAAGGUACACAGUUAAUACCAAAACUAAGCUGAUUAGGAGGAGGUCCAAUAGUGGCACUGGACCUUCUAAAUCCACAAACAAAAACAGUGAAAGCAAAGUGAAAACUAGUAAGCCAGAAACUGAAAAGCAGAAGAAAUUUCAUGUUCUAUCAAAGACAAAGAUAGUGAGAAGAAGGUCCAGUUCAGGUACUUACAAAACAGCUUCACCACAAGGGACAACACCAGGACACACUAAGAAACGUGCCAUUGUAAAGCGACACAAGUUAGUUCGAAACGUUUCCUCACCUUUGCUCAAACACGAGACCUCAAAGUUCCAGAGAAAUAUAAACACUGCCUUCAAAGUUAUAAAUUCUAACAAGUUCUCAACCAAACAAAGGGUGGCCAAAGGAAUUGUCUCCAAAUAUAAGAUAAACCGACUAAAAAUGGAAUCUUAUGAUGGAUUUAAAAAAUAUAAAUCCUUUGAUCGCUACAAAGUUAACAGAUUGAAGCUUGAAUCUGUUAAUGUGCCAAGAAGAUACAGAAAGUUCAGUAUUUAUUCUUCCAAAGCUGUGCCAAAAGAGAAAUAUAAGUUUCAGAACAAGAAAACGUCCAAGCACUCGGACAGAUUCAUCAACAUUGGUGGAAUACUGUACAAGUCUACCAAGACAUCAUUGAGGAAGCAGUUGCCUAAAGUUAAAGAGACAAGUACAAAUAAACAUGACUCAACCUGCACUGUGUUGCUGCGAGGGGAGAAAUUCCACCUCACUGCCGGAGGAAGAACUCUGCAGCGCGUCAAGGACUCUACAGCACCCAGGAGCAGCCUGUCCCGGGUGCAUCUGGGUGGCCUGACUUACUCCCGCACCAGGACAGGCCUGUAUGAGCUGACCAAGACCCACCAGGCUCGUGCUGUCCUCAGCUCAGCCAGACACCGCAGCAUGGUGACACUCAUGCACAAGAGGAAAAAGGCAUCAUUCCAAAAGAGGAAUGAAUACUGUGUGUUCUUCAAUCGUUUUGGUCGGUGCUCAAAGAAAAACAGGGGAGAGUGUCCCUACAUUCAUGACCCAAGUAGAGUUGCCAUCUGUACAAGAUUCCUGAGAGGCCGCUGCCCUGUCAGUAACUGCCCAUUCUCACACACGGUGGACCCAGACAAGAUGCCAGUGUGCUCCCAUUUCCUGCAAGCUGCCUGCUCCCGAGAGGACUGCCCCUACCGCCAUGUCAAGGUCAACCCAUCAGCCCCUGUGUGUCUUGACUUUGUCCGGGGACAUUGUAAAGCAGGGAAGGAGUGUGACAAGCAGCACAUUUUGAUUUGUGAGGAGUUUAAAACUGGCAAAUGUCCACGAGGAGUGGCGUGUCCCUUGUCUCACCAUAAAGGGCGAAAGCGGAUCAGGAAGGUGUCAUUCUCUAAAGAAUCCAACAGAAAGUACAACAUAUCCAUACACAGAAAGAGGAAGAGGAGUGAAAGCCAUGAAGUGUUAGGAGCAUCAGUGACCAAGAAAAAAGUAGAAAAGAAAAAACAAGAAGUGAAAGCUAGUUCUUCCCACCAGAGGUACUUCCAUGUAAUGGCACCUGAAGAAAGUGAGGUUAAGGACACUGAUGAUGCUCCUGAUGAUAGGGAGCCGGAUAAUAAUGCAGGGCAAAGGCUGCUGCAGGAGGAAGGAUCUCAAUGUGUCACCAAAACACAACCUGAAGCUCAAGGUCCAGGGGUUGAGGUACAAAAUGACAAAGUAGAAUUUGUUAGUCAUAAUGGUAAGUCAGUCUUUGAAGAAACUAGAUCCAGAGUCAUGAAGAAAAUUGACAAGAUCAAGAAAUCCUAUGCUGCAUGCAAUUAUGAAGAUUAUAAUGAAAAGCCAGAAGAUUCGGACACUGGUAGUAAUGUGGGAGAUUGCAAACGUGAGCCAAAGGAUUCCCAUCAUGCAGACAAUACUAAGGAAAAAGUUGUAAAGGCUAACACUCACGUAAGAAUUGGUGAAGUGUCAGCGCAGGACUCCAGUGACACCCAAGAUACAGACAGUGAUGCUGAUAGAGUACAAAGGCCUCCACUUCCAAAGAGAUUGCCAUCUUACAUCCCUCUUGACUCUGUGUAGGAGAAAUGUAUGACUUGUGAUGUAACUGUGAUACAACUUUAGCCUUGAAGGUAACACAAAUACGGUAAGUACUCAUUUUCUACAUAAAUUACAAAUAUUUUUGUCUGAAAGUUUUUGUGUUAGUUUUGCAGUUUUCUUCCACUUUUGGCUGUACAUGUUUGAUAUUGAGAAGCUAGACUCAGAAAUAUUAUGUAAUCAUUUGUAGAGAAUACGAUAAGCAAAAAUAGUAUUAUGCUUUACAGAAGUUGAAUACAAACUUAAUACCCAGUAAGUAAAGAGAUUUAGCAAUUCAUCCAUACGAGUGCAACAUUCAUGUGCAUAAUAAGUCUGGUAUGAAUGGUCUGCUGCAGGGAUAACAUAUCAGGUAUAGCACCGAGCACCUUGGCCAUGACAUUGGUGGCAGGAGGAGUCAAUGUGUUCAAGCCAUCAUGCAGCAUUCAUAUACAGUACAUGUGCAUACUCAGCAAAAGGUUAAGACUUGUAAUGUGUUGCAAGAGCUUAUACUGUGGCCUUUUCAUCCCCUGUCUUCUAUUUUCUGGCUGGAACUCUUCUCAUUUUAUUAUGAGGUAAUGGAGGCCAUGAUCAACAACUUGCCUAUCAUAGAGUAUGCAACACAAACCUUGGCACUGUGCCCAAACAUCAAGGCACAACCUGGGAAUACAUGGAGCAUGGUCUUUUGUAAAGCUAGCAUUUCUUCAUCAUAGUGCUUUCUUACAACAGAUUUCAUAGAGAAGUGCUUGCCAAAAGAAGUGGCCAAUUGAUUAAGUGGUUUUACAAAGGUCUCAUUGGUAACAACAUUGACAUUCCUUUGUAGUUUUGAUGCAUAUAUCAGUGAAAAGUACUCCUCCUUAAUAAGGAUUUAUCUGCUGGAUUUUUGUGGAAGAAAUGGCAGAUUUACAAUGGACAUGUUCUAUUUUGUUUGCAUGUGAAUUUUUUAGUUCCUCAGGAUGCUCACAAGAAAUUUAUUUUCUUGUGCUGUUGGUAACAUCUUUCUUCCGUUUUUUGUACAAGGCAUGUCAUUGUUGUCUUAUAUUGAUUAUGCCAGAAAAUAUUUAUGUUAGCUAUAGAGAUGAAGCAACUCUUCUCAAGAAGCUACACCAAUUAAUACUUAGAAUUUUUGUUCCCAUUUUCAUAAUUUCACAGUAAGGACAAAAUUGGUACUAAAGGUCCAUUGCUUUAAUUUGUUUCAUCAUUAUCUUCAAUCUCCUUGUACAUCAGCAGUGUGGGCGAAUUACGGCCCACAGGCAGCUUACAGCUUACCAAACGUUAGUAAAUUUGAAGAAGGUUCAUAACACCAAAUAAUCUUGUGAGCAUUUGAUUUUCUUCCCACAGGUGUUCAUUUGCAUUAGAGAGUGGAUUUUUCUUAAAAAGCCUUUUAUUUUUCAUUCUAAAUACUAAUUAAUUUGGAUUAAUAUAGUACUGUAUGCGGUCCUAUGAGAUUGUGAUUUUUCUGUGUCCCUAACACUGAAAAGUUUGCCCCACCCUUGCCCUACAUAAAGUAAUCUGUUUGAAAUGUUACAUAGAUAUACCAAAAAUAAGAUUGAAGAAGGAUAAUUUUCAUUCUGUAAUAUUAAAUACCAGUCUUGAUUCUGGAUUUGUAAUUUGACAAAGAAGGAUAAAACUUUUGUGCCAGAAGUGAUUUUUUUUUUAAGGAUUUUCUUAACAGAUAAUAAUCUUGUAAUGAGUGGAUUUGUAUUUUUGGAGGUAAGAUGUUUUUUGUUUGAUUUUCAUACUUUAAUGAAAGGUGAGUAAAAUAGCUCAGUUUCCUGUUUCUGAUGGCUUCCAAGCUGAUGUUCAGUUUUGUUUUACAAGGCAUGUUUCCUUUGUAAAACUGUCCUCCCUUCAAAUUGCUAUUCAUUCACACAGAUUUAGAGACCCUUGCCCAAGAAUUUCUUAGAUAAAUAAUUUUGUCUGAUGUGUUAAAUCUGUAUUGAAAGCAUGAUGAGAGAAAGACCGUUUUACAAAAGGAAACACUCAGUGUUGAUUGGAAGUGAAGUAUGGAUCAUGGAUGUUGAAGAUGUGAUACAAAGUCAGUGUGAUAGUUGUCCAUUUUGUGAUGUGAUUUUGUGAAGUAAUGUGUUCAUACUUGUAGAUUUAGAAGAAAUAGGUUUAAUAAGAGUACUUUUUUUUAAUAAAGGUGUAUUUAUUCAA